AUGUUGGUCCCCAAAAAGAACCGUCUCUUGGUCUACAAGUACCUCUUCAGCGAGGGAGUCCUGUUCGCGGAGAAGGACUUCAACCUGCCCAAGCACCCCGAGCUCGAGGUCCCCAACCUGCAAGUGAUCAAGCUGAUGCAGAGCUUCAAGUCGAAGGGGUUUGUGCGCGAAACCUUCGCGUGGCGGCACUACUACUGGUACCUCACCAACGAGGGCAUCGAGCACCUCCGCGACUACCUCAACCUCCCCUCCGAGAUCGUCCCCGCCACUCUGAAGAAGUCCUCCCGCCCGCCCGGCCGCCCCAUGGGCGCUGGUGGCGACCGCCCCCCUCGCCGUUUCGAGGGUGGACGGGGCUAUGGGGACCGCGAGGGAUACCGUGGGUAUGGUGCCGGUGGUGAUGACAAGGCCGGUGCUCCUGGCGCGUACAAGCCAGCCUUCAGGGAGGGUGGCGGCCGUGGUGGCUUCGGCCGUGGAGCUGGGGGAUAUGGUGGUGGCGACUAUGGCAGCGCUCCCGGUGCUCCUGGGGCUCCCCCUCCCGCUGUGUAA